AAUACAACUCUUACUUAGAUAACAGAAUCUUUUGUGACAAACCGUUCUUCCUAAUUGAGCCAAGUUGCGUUGAGCCCGUUGGCAAUGUGUUUGCUUGGGUACCAUGUAUGGUUGGUUGCCUGCGGCCUCUACAAACGGUCAAUUCUCUAGUAAUUGUAUAUAUGGUCAUUCCCUUGUACAAAAUUUCGUUUCAACAUUUCUUUGUAUUCUGUAGAAUGAUUACUUGGUCAUCUACUGAAUGAGAAUACUACACGGAAAGAAGAAGAAGAAUCUCCAAAUUAUCUUAUCUACCAGAAAUGAAGAAUUCUCCUGUAGAGUCAACGUCAUCAUCGUCGUCUACAGCUGAUAAUCUUCUUCUGGAAGACUUCGGGCAGAAGGUGGAUCUGACCCGCAGAAUUCGCGAGGUUUUGUUGAAUUACCCGGAGGGAACGACGGUGUUGAAGGAACUUAUACAGAACGCCGACGAUGCCGGAGCUACUAAGGUCUCUUUGUGCCUCGAUCGCCGUUCGCACGGCACCCAAUCCUUGCUCUCGGAUAAGCUUGCGCAGUGGCAGGGCCCUGCAUUGCUUGCUUACAACGACGCCGUUUUCUCCGAGGAUGAUUUUGUUAGUAUUUCCAGGAUUGGGGGGAGUUCUAAACAUGGACAGGCUUGGAAAACUGGUCGCUUUGGGGUUGGCUUCAAUUCGGUGUACCAUCUCACUGACUUGCCCUCUUUUAUAAGUGGCAAAUAUGUGGUAAUAUUUGAUCCUCAAGGAGUUUACCUCCCAAAUAUCUCCGCUGCAAAUCCUGGAAAGAGAAUUGAGUUUGUUAGUUCUUCAGCCAUCUUCAUGUACAAAGACCAGUUUUCUCCAUAUUGUGGUUAUGGUUGCGAUAUGAAAAACCCUUUCCGUGGAACUUUUUUUCGUUUCCCUUUGAGAAAUGCUGAUCAGGCAGCCAAUAGUAAGCUCUCCAAGCAAUCAUACAGUGAAGAUGACAUCAGUUUGAUGUUUGAUCAACUAUAUGAGGAAGGAGUCUUCUCACUACUUUUUCUUAAAAGUAUACUGUCAAUAGAAAUGUGUGUUUGGGAUGAUGACAUGCCUGAGCCUAGGAAGAUAUAUUCUUGCUCCAUCAACUCAGUGACAAAAGAUAUAAUUUGGCACCGCCAGGCACUACUGAGACUGUCAAAUCCAACAGACUCCCACGACUCUGAAAUGGAUGCAUUUUCACUGGAGUUCUUAAGUGAGGCAAUGCAGGGGAAUCAUUCUGACAAGAGAACUGACACUUACCAUAUAGUGCAAACAAUGGCAUCAACAUCCAGUAGGAUAGGUUCUUUUGCUGCAACUGCAGCAAAGGAUUUUGACAUUCACCUGUUGCCUUGGGCAUCUGUUGCUGCAUGUGUUUCAGAUGAUUCAUCUAAUGAUAAUGUUUCUAAAGUGGGCCAGGCAUUCUGUUUCCUCCCUUUACCUGUCAAAACUGGAUUAAAUGUGCAAAUUAAUGGAUACUUUGAGGUGUCGUCUAAUCGUCGUGGGAUUUGGUAUGGAGCUGACAUGGACAGGUCUGGGAGAAUACGUUCGGUCUGGAAUAGGCUUCUCUUAGAGGAUGUUAUAGCUCCUACUUUUUCUUAUUUACUGCUUGGUGUGCAGCACUUACUUGGGCCAACAAACUCGUAUUACUCAUUGUGGCCAACUGGUUCUUUCCAAGAGCCAUGGAAUAUUUUAGUUGAGUGCAUUUAUAGAAGUAUCAGUGACUCUCCCGUGAUGUACUCAGAGGUUCAAGGAGGGACAUGGAUUUCACCAGCUGGAGCUUUUCUUCAUGAUGUGGAAUUUUCAAGUAAAAGUAAGCAAAUCAGUGAGGCUCUUGUACAGCUAGGAAUGCCUGUGGUUCAGUUGCCAAAUAGCCUAUUCAAUAUGUUCUUAAAUUCUGCUUCUGGCGUACAGCAUAAAGUGGUUACUCCUGAUUCAGUACGCAACUUUCUUAGAGGUAGAAGUUCUACAAGUGUAAUCGACAGAUCCUCUAACCUUAUGUUGUUGGAGUAUUGCCUUGAGGACCUGGUUGAUGAUGAUGUUGGUAAACAUGCACUAAACUUGCCUCUGCUUCCUUUGGCAAAUGGUGACUUUGGAUCAUUGUCCGAAGCUUCAAAGGGUAUCUCUUACUUUAUUUGCAAUGACUUGGAACAUUUGCUGCUUCAACAAAUCUCAGAAAGAUUGAUUGAUAAGAAUAUCCCUCCCAACAUAUUGAGCAGAUUGUUAGCUAUUGCAAGGGUUUCUGGAGCAAAUAUAAAAGUAUUCAAUCUGAAUGAGUUUCUUUUAUUAUUUUGUAAAUUUGUGCCUGCUGGAUGGAAAUAUCAAAUGGAAGUCCAUUGGGAUCCAAGUACAAACUCCAAUCAUCCAGCUACAUCAUGGUUUGUGCUGUUGUGGCGCUAUCUUAACAAUCAAUGUGAAAAGUUGUCCUUAUUUGGUGAGUGGCCAAUCUUGCCAUCACUUUCUGGGCAUUUGUAUCGACCAUGUAGGGAGAUAAAAUUAUUGUGUGUAGACAAAUUGUCUGAGAAGAUGCAAAAUCUCCUCGUUAAGAUAGGAUGUAAGAUACUAAACAGCAAUUAUGGCAUUGAUCAUCCUGAUUUAUUUCACUAUAUGUAUGAUGCUGAUGGAGUUGGUGUUUUGAAGUCUAUAUUUGAUGUGUUUACUUCAAGUGACAGCAUUGAACAAGUAUUCCUCCAGUGUUUGACAGCAGAAGAGAGAGAUGAACUACGCCAUUUUCUUCUGGAUCCAAAAUGGUACAUUGGUAACUUUAUGGAUGAUUCUGACAUAUUGGAUUGCAAGAGGUUGCCUAUAUACAGUAUGCAUGGUCAAGGAUCCACUGAAAAUCUUCCGUAUUCAAACCUGCUGAAUCCUCAAAAGUACUUGCCCCCUUUGGAUUGUCCUGAGAACCUCCUUUCUAAUGAAUUUGUCUCUAGUUUGUCAAGUACCGAAGAGGAGGUGCUGAAUAGAUAUCAUGGUAUUCAAAGAAUGAGCAAGGCACAGUUUUAUAGCCAACACGUGCUAAACAGGGUAAGGGAGUUGGAAACUGAUGUGCGUGACAGCAUUAUGCUUUCAAUUCUCAAACAGCUGCCUCAAUUGGGUGUAGAAGAUGCAUCUUUUAGGGAACAUCUUAGUAAUUUGGAAUUCCUUCCUACAUCUAGUGGUUCUUUGCGAAGUCCAUCCAUGUUGUAUGAUCCCAGGAAUGAAGAGUUAUAUGCUUUAUUGGACGACUCUGAGAGCUUUCCAUGUGGUGUUUUUGAGGAAUCAGAUGUUUUAGAUAUGCUGCAAAGUUUGGGUCUUAAGACAACUAUUUCUACUGAGACAAUAUUACGAAGUGCUAGGCAAAUUGAACGGUCAAUGCAUAGCAGUCCACAAAAUGCUCAUUCAAAAGGUAAAGUGCUUCUUUCAUAUCUAGAAGUGCAUGCCAUGAAAUGGUUACCUGAGUCGACCAAGAAUGACCAACGAACCGUAAAUAGAAUUUUGUCAAGAGCUACAAGUGCAUUUAAACAUCGUCAUGCCACAUCUGACUUUGAAAAAUUCUGGAAUGAUCUCCGAAUGAUUUGUUGGUGCCCAGUUCUUGUCUCUUCUCCAUAUCAGUCUUUACCAUGGCCUGCUGUCUCAUCUAUGGUUGCCCCUCCUAAGCUUGUAAGGCUUUACUCAGAUUUGUGGCUUGUUUCUGCUAGCAUGCGGAUAUUGGAUGGAGAGUGCUCUUCCUCAGCAUUAUCACAAUAUCUUGGUUGGUCUUCUCCACCUGGGGGAAGUGUAAUUGCUGCACAAUUGCUUGAGCUUGGGAAAAAUAAUGAACUUGUUACUGAUCUGGUGCUUCGGCAGGAAUUGGCCUUGGCAAUGCCUAGAAUAUACUCAAUAUUAAGUGGCAUGAUUGGUUCAGAGGAAAUGGACAUUGUAAAGGCUAUUCUAGAAGGUAGCCGAUGGGUUUGGGUUGGAGAUGGCUUUGCGACCUUGGAUGAGGUUGUGCUUGAUGGUCCUCUUCAUUUGGCUCCUUAUAUACGAAUAAUUCCUUGUGACUUGGCUGUUUUCAGGGACCUAUUUUUGGAGCUUGGCAUUCGAGAAUUCUUGAACCCCAGUGAUUAUGCUCAUAUUUUGUUUAGGAUGGCCACUAGGAAGGAGUCCUCCCCUCUUGAUCCCCAGGAGAUAAGGGCUGCCAUUCUCAUAGCGCAACAUCUGGCUGAUAGUCAGUCUUAUGAUGAUCAUAUUAAGAUCUAUCUUCCGGAUAUGUCAUGCAGACUUCUUAAUGCUGCAGAUUUGGUCUAUAAUGAUGCUCCAUGGUUACUGGACUCAGAGGAUUCUGAGAGAUCUAUGGGUAACACAACAAAUAUGUCUUUACAUGUAAAACAAAUUGUUCAAAAGUUUGUGCAUAGGAGCAUAUCUAAUGAUGUAGCAGAGAGGCUUGGUGUGCGCUCUCUUCGGAGAAUGUUGCUCGCAGAGAGUGCUGACUCUAUGAAUUUGAGUUUGUCUGGUGCUGCUGAAGCAUUUGGGCAGCAUGAAGCGCUAACAACCAGGCUUAGACAUAUACUGGAAAUGUAUGCUGAUGGGCCUGGUAUUUUGUUUGAGCUGGUUCAGAAUGCAGAAGAUGCAAGAGCUUCCCAAGUGACUUUUUUGUUGGAUAAAACUCAAUAUGCAACUUCAUCUGUUCUUUCUCCUGAAAUGGCAGAUUGGCAGGGCCCUGCUUUGUAUUGUUUCAAUGACUCUGUUUUCAGUCCUCAAGAUUUGUAUGCAAUUUCACGUAUUGGUCAAGAGAGUAAGCUGGAGAAGCCAUUUGCAAUUGGAAGGUUUGGACUUGGAUUUAAUUGCGUUUAUCACUUUACAGAUGUUCCAUCUUUUGUUUCAGGGGAAAAUAUUGUCAUGUUUGAUCCUCAUGCCUGUAAUUUACCUGGAAUUUCUCCUUCGCACCCUGGGCUGCGGAUUAAGUUUGUUGGUAGAAGGGUUUUGGAACAAUUUCCUGAUCAAUUUUCUCCAUUUCUACAUUUUGGUUGUGAUUUGAAGCAAUCAUUUCCAGGCACUCUGUUCCGCUUUCCUCUGAGGAGUGCUACCAUGGCUUCCAGAAGCCAAAUAAAGAAAGAAGACUACACGCCAAAUGAUGUAUUGUCGCUCUUUUCUUCUUUCUCAGAAGUUGUUUCUGAGACUUUGGUUUUUCUACGCAAUGUGAAGACAAUAUCCAUUUUUGUCAGAGAAGGGUCUGGUACUGAAAUGCAAUUACUGCAUUGUGUUCGCAAGCAUCAUGUGAGUGAGUCUGAAGCUGAAAGCAGUCAAAUUUUUAAUGUUAUGUAUGGAAAUCAGCAAAACUUAUUUGAUAGAGGUCAGUUCCUUGACAAAUUGAGCAAGUCCAUAGGAGCUGAGUUGCCAUGGAAGUAUCAGAAGAUUGUCAUUUCAGAACAGAGCACAUCUUCUCGAAAGUCACAUUUGUGGCUAACUUGUGAAUGCUUGGCUAGUAUUCAUGGAAAUAAUAACUCUUCAACCUCUGAUAUGAAGUUUCAUAAGUAUGUUCCCUGGGCUUGUGUUGCUUCUCAUUUGAAGAGUGUAAACAUUGAGAGAGAGUUGAGUGAAAAUGCCAUAGAUCCUGGUGAGAUUUUUCACAUUACUCCUGACUUAAUUCAGGUACCAAUAAGUACAACACAGGACAGAAAAAUUUUUGAUGGUCGUGCCUUCUGUUUCUUGCCACUUCCAAUAAAUACUGGUCUUCCUGUGCAUGUCAAUGCAUAUUUUGAAUUGUCUUCAAAUAGAAGGGAUAUAUGGUUUGGAAAUGACAUGGCAGGGGGUGGAAAGAAACGGUCUGAUUGGAACAUGCAUCUCCUUGAAGAUGUGGCGGCCCCAGCUUAUGGUCGGUUACUUGAAAUAGUUGCACAAGAAAUUGGCCCUUGUGAUUUGUAUUUUUCAUUUUGGCCAACAGCGGUAGGAGUUGAACCUUGGGGACUACUGGUCCGGCGGCUUUAUGACUUUAUUUCAGAAUUUGAACUUCGUGUAUUAUAUACAAGGGCCAGGGCCAGAGAGGGGCAAUGGAUCACAACAAAGCAAGCUAUUUUUCCUGAUUAUUCUUUUGAGAAAGCAAGUGAACUCGUGGAUGUCUUGUCAGAUGCUGGAUUACCUGUGGUAAUGAUGCCUAAGGUACUCGUCGAGAAAUUUAUGGAGAUCUCCUCAUCUUUGCAUUUUCUUACACCCCAAUUACUGCGGAGAUUGUUAAUUCGGAGGAAACGUGAAUUCAGGGAUAGAAGUGCAAUGACCUUGGCCCUUGAAUACUGCUUGCUGGAUCUUAAAUCCCCCAUUCAAUCUGAUGAUUUCUAUGGUCUACCACUAAUACCACUUUCUGAUGGGUCAUUUACAAAAUUAGAGAAGAGGGGGCUAAGUGAACGAAUUUUCUUUGCACAAGGUGCUGGGUAUGACCUUCUGAAGGAUUCAGUGCCUCAUCAACUUGUUGACUGCAACAUUCCUGAUUUCCUCCAUAAGAAGUUCUGUGAUAUAGCUGAGAGUGAGGAUUUUAAUAUAUCUUUUUUGACAUGCCCGUUGCUUGAGAAACUAUUUCUGAGAUUACUUCCUGCAGAUUGGCAGCAUGCUAGACAGGUGAUUUGGAUUCCUGGAUCUGAAGGUCAUCCUAGCCUGCAAUGGAUGGGCCAUCUAUGGAACUAUCUGAAGUCAUUUUGUGAUGACCUCUCUUUGUUUUAUAAGUGGCCCAUCUUGCCAGUUGAAAAUAAUCAUCUCUUGCAGCUUGUUAAGAAUUCUAAUGUAAUCAAAGAUGGUGGGUGGAGUGAGAACAUGUGCACUUUGCUGCUCAGAGUAGGUUGCUUGAUAUUGAGGCGUGACCUCCUGAUAGAACAUAGAGAGCUGAAUGAUUAUGUGCAGCCUCCAACUGCAGUAGGCAUCUUAAGUGCUUUCGUAGCAGUUGCUGGUGAUCCAUCUAAUGUUGAGGCACUGUUUAGUGGUGCAUCAGAGGGGGAACUGCAUGAACUCAGGAGUUACGUUCUUCAGUCUAAGUGGUUCUUUGAAGAUGUAUUGGAUAGCACUCAUAUAAAUAUCAUUAAGGACAUUCCUAUGUUUGAGUCAUACAAGACUAGAAAGCUUAUAUCCCUGAACAAAUCUUUCAAAUGGCUUAAACCAGAUGGUGUUCAUGAGGAUCUUUUGGGUGAAGGUUUUGUGAGAAUGGAUUCAGAUAAAGAAAAAAUUAUUUUGAAAAAGUAUCUGGAGGUCACAGAGCCUUCAAAAGUAGAUUUCUACAAGGAAUAUGUAUUCCAUCACAUGCCAGAAUUUUCCCGUGAUGGAUAUCUUCCGGCCAUUUUACAUGAUAUAGGAUAUAUGCUUGUAGAUGACAAGUCCUUCCAAGAAGCUCUUUCAAAGAUAGCAUUUGUUCUAGCAUAUGAUGGAUCUUGGAAGGAGCCAUUCAGGCUUUAUGAUCCUCGUGUUCCAUAUCUAAAAGUAUUGCUGCAUAGAGGUGCUUUCUUCCCAUCGGACCAGUUUUCCCACCCUGAAACAUUGGAGAUUCUGAUAAAACUUGGACUCAGGCAAACUUUAAGCUUUACAGGUAUGCUCGACUGUGCCACGUCUAUUUCCAUGUUGCACAGUUCAGGAGACAAAGAAACAACUGUAUGUGCUAGGAGGCUUUUGCGUUGCUUAGAUACUGUGGCACAGAAGCUCUCAUCUGCAGAAGAGGAAGGCACUUUUGGGGAAUGUGAAAUGCAUAUGGAAAGUCAGGAUAUCAGUUACAUUGGUGGUGAGGGAGAGAAAUCUUUGCCAGAUGAUUCUGACAAUCUUGUUGGAGAUUCUAUGGACAUCAAUAUGCCUCUCAGUAACUUGAAUGAAGACAUGCCUAGGGAAAAGUUUUGGUCUGAAUUGAAGUCCAUAAGUUGGUGUCCUGUGCUUGAUAAGCCUCCUGUACGAGGACUUCCAUGGUUAGCAGCUGAGGAAAAAAUAGCAACUCCAACUGCUGUGAGACCAAAAUCCCAGAUGUGGCUGUCUUCAUCUAAGAUGUUUAUCCUUGAUGGUGAAUGUUCUGUUUACCUACAAGAUAGACUUGGUUGGAUGGAUAGCUUGGAUGUAGCAACUCUGUCUGCCCAAUUAGUUGGGCUGUCAAAGUCUUUUUCUCUGCUCAAGUUGCAUUCAAAUGUUGAACUUAAUUUUGAUGCAGAACUGCAGAAACAUGUAAUGGCAAUUUAUUCUCAAUUGCAAGAGUAUGUUGGGACUGAUGAGCUAAGUUGUCUCAAGUCGUCAUUAGAUGGAAUUUGCUGGGUGUGGAUUGGAGAUGAUUUUGUUUCAUCUACUUCACUUGCGUUUGAUUCCCCUGUGAAAUAUAGUCCAUACUUGUAUGUUGUACCAACUGAGUUAUCUGAGUUUAGGGAUUUGCUUUUGGCAUUAGGUGUCAGACUUAGUUUUGAUGUUUCUGACUAUUUUCUUGUUAUAGAAGGCUUAAAAAAUGACGUGAAAGGUUUUCCUCUUUCAACUGAUCAACUGAGAUUCGUCCAAUGUGUACUCGAAGCUAUUGCAGACUGUUAUUUGGAUACUCUUCAAUGUGAGGCGUCUACUGAUUUAUUCAUUCCAGAUUCUUUUGGGGUUCUUGUAAGUGCUGGAGAGCUUGUUUACAAUGAUGCUCCAUGGAUGGAGAAUACCAGUCUUGGUGGGAAACAUCUUGUACAUCCAUGUAUCAGCCAUGAAUUGUGUAGCAGAUUGGGCAUUCAAUCACUUCGUUGCAUUUCUUUAGUUGGCGACGACAUGACAAAAGAUUUGCCAUGCAUGGAUUAUUCUAGAAUAUGUGAGCUUCUAGAGUUGUAUGGAAGUAAAGAUUUCCUUCUGUUUGACCUCCUUGAGAUGGCAGAUUGCUGCAAAGCGAAAAAGCUUCACCUAAUUUUUGACAAGAGGGAACAUCCACGUCUAUCCCUGUUGCAGCACAAUUUAGGUGAAUUUCAAGGUCCUGCUCUGCUAGCCAUUCUGGAAGGGGCCAGCUUAAGCAGAGAUGAAGUGGCUAGCCUCCAGUUUCUUCCGCCAUGGAGUCUGCGUGGUGAUACACUGAAUUAUGGCUUAGGAUUGCUUAGCUGCUUUGCAAUAAGUGAUCUCCCAUCAGUUGUUUCUGAUGGCUGCUUGUACAUGCUUGAUCCUCGAGGUUUAGCUUUUGCGAUUCCUUCAAAUCAUGCACCUGCUGCAAAAGCUUUCUCUCUUAAAGGCACCAAUUUGACAGAGAGAUUUCAUGAUCAAUUUAGUGCUUUGCUGUUUGGCCAAAGCAUGUCAUGGUCGGUAUCUAAUUCAACAAUCAUACGCCUGCCUCUUUCAUCAGAAUAUAUGGAAGAGGGAACUGAAUGUGCUUCGAGGAAGAUAUCACUGUUAUUCGACAAAUUUGUGGAGCAUUGUUCGAGGACUAUCCUGUUUUUAAACUCCAUAAUGCAGGUUUCAUUGUCAACUUGGGAAGAAGGAAGCUUGGAAUUAUUUGAGGACUACUCAGUCAGCAUUGAUCCGUCCUGUGCCAUUGUCAGAAAUCCUUUCUCAGAGAAAAAGUGGAAAAAUUUUCAAUUUUCAAGUUUAUUUGGUAGCUCAAAUUCAGCAACUAAGGUUGAAGUCAUCGAUUUGAAUUUGUGCAUCAAAGGAACUAUAGCUGUUGAUCGUUGGCUCGUUGUGCUUAGUCUUGGUUCUGGGCAAACAAGAAACAUGGCACUUGAUAGGCGGUAUAUGGCAUACAACUUGACACCUGUUGGUGGAGUUGCAGCACACAUCUCUCGAAAUGGCCAUCCUGCUCUGACUUGUUCUUUGAACUGUAUUAUGUCCCCACUUCCUCUGUCCACUCUCUUAAAUAUACCUGUUUCAAUUCUUGGAUAUUUUUUGGUGCGUCACAAUCAGGGCCGCUACCUAUUCAAAUACCAAGACACUAAAGCUUUUGAGUUGACUCACACUGAUGCUGGAAGUCGACUUAUUGAAGCUUGGAACAGGGAGCUCAUGUCAUGUGUUCGUGAUUCUUAUGUCAAGUUGGUCCUAGAAAUGCAGAAGAUAAGAAGAGAACCUUCCACUUCUAUUCUUGGUUCAAGUUUGGCCCUGGCAGUUGGUCGCACUUUGAAUGCCUAUGGGGAUCAAAUCUAUUCAUUCUGGCCUAGAUCAAAUGUGAACACAGCCAUUGUUGAAAGUGAUUCAGCUUCUGUAGAAUUUCCCAAAGCAGAUUGGGAAUGUUUGAUUGAGCAAGUAAUAAAGCCAUUUUAUGUACGCCUGAUUGAUCUUCCUGUGUGGCAGCUUUUCUCUGGGAAUCUUGUCAAGGCUGAAGAAGGAAUGUUUCUUUCACAACCUGGAUCUGGUGUGGGUGGUAGCUUGGUACCAGCAACUGUUUGCGCAUUUGUAAAAGAACAUUAUCCAGUCUUUUCAGUUCCAUGGGAAUUGGUGACAGAAAUACAGGCAGUGGGUAUUACAGUGCGAGAGAUCAGGCCUAAAAUGGUGAGAGAGCUUCUUCGUGCUUCCUCGACAUCCACUCUGUUGCGCUCGGUUAAUACUAUCAUUGAUGUCCUUGACUAUUGCUUAUCUGAUAUCCAGCUUUUAGAUUCAUCUGAGUCUUGUGAUCAGAGUUCAUUUGCAGGCAUCAAUAGCAUCAGUUCUGCUUCUGCUACCACUGAAGGUGAAGAUAGCAGAUCUUUUUCUUCAUCCAACCGAAAUAUGCGCAGUCUUUAUAAAACAUCUAAUUCAAGCACAAGCAGUUCAGGAGAUGCUCUUGAGAUGAUGACUAGUCUUGGAAAGGCAUUGUUUGAUUUUGGCCGUGGAGUUGUUGAAGAUAUUGGUAGGACAGGUGGCCCCUUAUCUGAAAGGAACAAUUUUACUGGCGGUAGAAUAUUUCGUGUUCCUGAUGAUGGGGAAUACAAGUAUCGAUCUGUAGCUGCUGAACUCAGAGGCUUGCCCUGUCCAACUGCAACAAACAAUUUAAUUAGAAUAGGAGUUACUGAAGUUUGGGUGGGAAACAAGGAGCAACAACUAUUAAUGAGUUCAUUGGCAGCCAAAUUUAUCCAUGCAAAUGUACUAGAGAGAACAAUUUUGUUGAAUAUUUUCUCCAAUUACACUCUUCAAUCAUUUUUAAAGCUGCAGAGUUUCUCAUUUUCCCUACUAGCAAGUAACAUGCGAUAUCUUUUUCAUGAAAACUGGGUCAAUCAUGUAACCGGCUCAAACAUGGCACCCUGGUUCUCGUGGGAAAACAUUGCAAGCUCUGGUACAGAGUGGGGCCCUUCUCCUGAAUGGAUUAGACUGUUCUGGAAAACUUUUAGUGGUUCACUGGAAGACCUUCCUCUUUUCUCUGACUGGCCUCUUAUUCCUGCUUUUCUUGGUCGACCAGUUCUUUGUCGUGUAAGAGAGCGUCAUAUUGUCUUCAUUCCACCCCUAGUAGCUGGUUCUAAUUCUGUUGAUGCUAGUGAUGAGAUGAGCUUAACUGAAAGUAGCACAUCAGGGUUAUCGCUUGAUACAGAUCUGGCUAAUCCCUAUACUUUAGCUUUUGAACAUUUUGAGAAAAAGUAUCCUUGGUUAUCAUUAUUGCUGAACCAGUGCAAUAUUCCUGUAUUUGAUGCUACUUUCAUGGAUUGUGCUGCUCCAUCCGACUGUUUACCUGGACCUGACCAAUCAUUGGGUAAGGUUGUUGCAUCCAAACUUCUUGUAGCUAAACAAGCUGGCUAUUUUCCGGAAAUUACUUCCUUUCUGGCUUCAGACCGUGAUGAGCUUUUCAGCUUAUUUGCUUCUGAGUUCUCUGAUAAUGGAUCAGAUUAUGGAAGAGAAGAGCUUGAAGUAUUACGUGAGCUACCUAUAUAUAAAACUGCUGCUGGAACGUAUGCUAGAUUGGUAACCCAAGAUUUUUGUAUGAUUCCUUCAAAUACAUUCCUAAAGCCGCAUGAUGAACGAUGUUUAUUUCACACCACAGAUUCUAGUGGGGGUGCUUUAUUGCGAGCUCUUGGAGUGCCCGAGCUGCAUGAUCGACAGAUUUUUGUAAAAUUUGGAUUACCAGGGUUUGAACGAAAAUCAGAGUCUGAACAGGAGGAUAUUUUAAUAUACCUUUAUAUGAAUUGGCAAGAUCUCCAACAAGAUCCUUCUAUCAUCGAAGCUCUUAAGGAGGCUAAUUUUGUUAAGACGGCAGACGAACUUUCAGUGCACCUGUCUAAGCCCAAAGAUCUUUUUGAUCCUGGUGAUGUUUUACUGACAUCUAUUUUUUCUGGGGUCAGAGGCAAAUUUCCAGGGGAAAGAUUUAUUUCAGAUGGAUGGCUUCGCAUUUUGAGGAAAGUAGGACUUAGAACUUCAACUGAAGCUGAGAUAAUUCUUGAAUGUGCAAAAAGGGUGGAGUUUCUUGGAGGUGAAUGCAUGAAAAUUACGGGAGAUUUUGAUGACCUUGAGACAGAUAUUUCGAAUGGGCAAAAUGAAGUCUCUUUUGAAAUUUGGUUAAUGGCUGAAAGUCUAGCCAAAGCUGUAUUCUCAAACUUUGCAGUCCUUUAUAGCAACAAUUUCUGUAAUCUCCUAGGUAAUAUUACUUGUAUUCCUGCUGAAAAGGGAUUUCCAAUCAUAGGUGGAAAGACAAGCGGCAAAAGAGUGCUCUGUUCAUAUAGUAAAGCUAUUGUGAUGAAAGAUUGGCCACUUGCUUGGAGCUGUGCUCCCAUACUUUCUAGGCAGAGUGUUGUUCCACCUGACUAUUCCUGGGCUGCACUCCAUUUGAGGAGUCCUCCAUCUUUCCAGACAGUAUUGAGGCACCUUCAGGCCAUUGGGAAAAAUAAUGGUGAAGACACACUUGCUCAUUGGUCAGCUGCACCUGGUUCGAAGACUAUUGAUGAAGCUUCAUUUGAGGUUUUGAAAUAUUUGGAAAAUGCCUGGGAUUCUCUAUCUUCUUCAGACAUUUCAGAAUUACGGAAAGUAGCAUUCAUUCCAGCGGCAAAUGGCACACGUUUAGUGACAGCUGGUGCCCUUUUUGCACGACUGACAAUUAAUCUUUCCCCAUUUGCAUUUGAACUUCCUGCACUAUAUCUUCCAUUUGUAAAGAUAUUGAAGGACUUGGGACUUCAGGACACAUUCUCUAUUGCUGCUGCAAGGGAUCUUCUUAUAAAUCUUCAAAAGGCUUGUGGUUAUCAACGACUGAAUCCAAAUGAAUUCCGUGCUGUGAUGGAAAUUUUGUAUUUUGUUUGUGAUGAGGCAGUCUCAUCAGAAGCGUGUAACUGGGGAUCUGAGGCUAUUGUGCCUGAUGAUGGCUGCAGACUUGUUCAUGCAAAGUCAUGUGUUUAUGUUGAUUCUCAUAGUUCCCAUUUUCUCAAAUACAUUGAUGUUUCCAGGCUGCGAUUUGUUCACAGUGACCUCCCUGAAGGAAUAUGUAUGGCCUUGGCCAUUAAAAAGCUUUCAGAUGUGGUUGUUGAGGAACUAGAUACCAGGGAAGAUCUACAGACUUUGCAGUGUAUUCAAUCACUGCAACUAGAAGAAGUAAAACACAGGUUAUUGAGUAAAUCAUUUCAAGCUGCCUUGUGGACCAUCGUUGGUAGCAUUGCAAGUGAAGUUCCUGCUUUCAACCCCGUUCUUCAGAAUGUACAGAGGUCCCUUAAAAUGGUUGCAGAAAAUUUGAAGUUUGUUAAAUGCUUGUACACUCAGUUUUUGCUCCUUCCAAAGCGCUUAGAUAUUACUCAUGUUAGUGAGGAAUCAAUGGUUCCAGAGUGGCAGGAAAGAUCACUGCAUCGGGCCCUUUAUUUUGUUGACAAGUUUGAAACUAGUGUCUUAGUUGCCGAACCACCAGAUUAUGUCUCUGUUGUUGAUGUCAUUGGAAUUGUUGUUAGCCGGGUUCUAGACUCCUCAAUUUCACUGCCUAUUGGAUCUCUGUUUCUGUGUCCUGAGGGCUCUGAGAUGAUACUAGCCACAGCCUUGAAACUUUGCUCUCAAAAAAAAGUGGCUGAGCAAGGAAAUGGAACAGAUGAGUUGAUGGGGAAUGAUAUACUGCCCCAAGAUGCACUUCAAGUGCAACUUCUCCCGUUAAGGCCUUUCUAUAGGGGCGAAGUAGUGGUAUGGCGAUCUCAAAAUCGAGAAAAAUUAAAGUAUGGCAGGGUUGCUGAGGAUGUAAAACCUUCAGCAGGUCAAGCACUUUACAGACUUAAGGUGGAAACAUCUCCAGGGAUAACUGAACUUCUUCUUUCUUCACACGUUUUCUCAUUCAGAAGUGUUUCAGUCAGCAGCGAUGCUUCUUCAGUAACUAAUCUGGACGAUCACCACACUGAAAUUGAGAGUGGCAUUGUUGGAUCUAGCAGAGCCAUUGCGAGAUCUCAUGGGCAACCAGUUCAAGAUCUCCAGCAUGGCCGAGUCUCAGCUGCAGAAGUUGUCCAGGCUGUUCAUGAGAUGCUAUCUGCAGCUGGAAUUAAUAUGGAUGUGGAGAAGCAAUCACUACUGCAGAUGACAAUGACACUGCAAGAGCAAUUAAAGGAAUCGCAGGCAGCACUUUUGCUUGAGCAGGAAAAAUGUGACAUGGCUGCCAAAGAAGCUGAUAUAGCUAAAGCAGCAUGGUUGUGCCGGGUAUGCUUGAGCAAUGAAGUAGAUGUGACAAUAAUUCCAUGCGGCCAUGUGUUAUGUCGAAGAUGCUCUUCUGCUGUUAGAAGGUGUCCUUUCUGUCGCCUCCAGGUCUCGAAAACGAUCAGAAUCUUCCGUCCUUGAAAACACCAAGCACAAGAUUUUGAGUUUUCGCAGUGAGAAGAAAAUUUAAUUCUUUACCAUUUUGGUACCUGCUUCUUUCGGUGUGCUCAUGAUCGUCAUUUGGUUCCUUUCCUUAACCUAUAGCAUUUGUAAAAUUGUAGUAUAUUGGUUUCAGACAUUCUGUACAUAGUUGUACAGCUAUUCUCAUAUUGGCUUGUAUAGCAAAUAUUCAUCUAAACAUAGAUUGAUUUCUUGAAAGUUCACCAGUUAUAUAGGACAUAAUAGUAAACUAUUUUGGUCAAAGGAACUUCCUUCAAUUAUUCAGUUAAAAUGAUUUCCUAUUGAUUGGAAAGCUUCAA